UGCGUACGUUGGCGUUUUAUCUUCGAAACUGAGUUGAUCAAUAAGUUAGUAGGAAAGGAGGGCGGUAGUGUCAGUAUCGGUGUCAGCGCGCUCAACGUAUAACAUCGGGUUUUCUGGAUAAAGCAUAUUCUUCCUGAAAAAUAUAACAAUUUGCUUAAAAUGUUUAAAUUAGUAACCAAAUAUUUAUAAUAGAAAGUUAAGAAGUUAGUUUUAUGUAAUAAAAAAACAGACUUCCUGGCACUUUGCCUUAGAGAUGCCCUUGACUGACAUUUUCCGACGCGCAUCCACCUACAUUCUCGGCUACGAAGACGGCACGGAGAAAGAGCUAAAUUAUGAGGAAAACGAGGUCUUAUUCUGCAAGAAUAACGUAUGCGUCCAUCCCCCGGCAGUUAUUAGACAAGAGACGGACAUUCUACACAACCCAGGAUACCUAACAGUCACAACAAAAAUCUUUAUCGACCAGUAUAACGAUGCGAAACGGCCAACCCUCUUUCUCACCUGGAUUCCCAACAGCGAUCUGUCGAAAUGUCCGUCCACCCUUCAAAACACUUUGCAGAAAAAACAGACCAGUCUCGAAAGUCUCACUUCCAAUGACUCAUACAACAGCAACGUACAAGACAGCUUCUACAGACCCAUGAGCGCAGAAAUCAAAAGUACAAACCCAUUCCUAAACUUCGAAAAGAGCGAAAUAUCCGACUCGGUAUGUUCCGACGAGAGUGAGAAAAACAAUAGUGUGAUCAACAUCAACGUGGAUAUAUCCAAUCCAGAAAUAGAAAUCAUUCAAACGCCGGAUAGUAUCAAGGAUCCCAUAGAGCACUUCGAGUUUUCAAGAUCGGGAAGUGUGACGAGUACCGAUAGUCAGUACAACUGGAUCACUACUCCGGAAUACCUGAUGCAGAAACAUAACCUUAACUUUCCCGAGAGCGCCAACAGUUCUCCUAUACUGCCUACUAAGAAGCACAAAUGUAGAAGGUUUAGCGUUGAUCUUAGUCAAAUGCGAUCAUUAAGGCUAUUUUUUAAUGACAAUACAUGUACCUGCGGACAACUAGUUGUGGCGUCUAGAGAAUCUCAAUACAAAAUAUUACAUUUUCACCAUGGUGGAUUAGAUCAUCUGGCUCAAGUGCUACAUCAAUGGCAUUCGUUGUUGCAUAAUAUAAAAAGCGCAAAAGGAGGCGAUGAAAAUCUUCCUUAUCGACACUUCAUGGUGUGCAGACCCGAAGUUUCCGAACUUGAACUUCACCCCGAAGAAGGUCAGGUAUCGAAACUAACAACGGAAAUUUUUCGCAGUUUGUUUAAUGAAAAUGGACAGUUAGAGGAUGACCUGACUUUAAGAAAACACGUAUUUUUCUCCGGCAUGGAUAGAGAUAUCCGUAAAGAAGUGUGGCCUUUCCUGUUGCAAGUGUAUCCAUAUCAGAGCACGUUCGAAGAGAGAAAUCAAAUAGCAGAAAUACGAAGACAGGAAUAUGAAGAAAUAACAAGGCGAAGACUUGAUCUAAACGAAAACAAACUGAAUCAAUUUCGAAGAAAAAUUCAAAGUGUUGUGGAAAAAGAUGUAGUCCGAACAGAUCGAGGCAACCCUUACUUUGCUGGUGACAAUAACCCUAAUUUGGUUAUAAUGAAGAAUAUUUUGUUAAAUUAUGCAAUAUACAAUACAGGCUUAGGUUACACGCAAGGUAUGAGCGACUUACUUUCACCGGUGCUUUGCGAGCUGAAAGACGAAGUUGCAGCUUUUUGGUGUUUUGUCGGAUUAAUGCAGCGCGCUGUUUUUGUAGCUACACCUACGGAUAGAGAUAUGGAUAGAUCCUUAAGGUAUUUAAGAGAAUUGAUAAGAUUGAUGCUUCCAAAAUUCUACCAACACUUGGAGAACCAUAAAGAUGCCAUGGAACUUUUGUUUUGCCACCGAUGGAUUUUACUAUGUUUCAAGAGGGAGUUCACAGAAGCAGUGGCCUUAAGAAUGUGGGAAGCUUGCUGGGCCAAUUAUUUGACAGAUUAUUUCCAUCUAUUUCUUUGUUUAGCAAUAAUAUCUGUAUACGCCGACGAUGUGAUAGCUCAAGAUCUGAGAGCAGAUGAAAUGCUUCUCCAUUUUAGCUCCCUAGCAAUGUAUAUGGAUGGUCAUCUAAUAGCAAGAAAAGCAAGAGGUCUUCUACAUCAGUUUAGGCAAAUGCGGGAGAUCCCGUGUACCUUAAAUGGAUUGUGCACGAGAUGCGGCCCAGGAAUUUGGGACAGUUCCCAUAGCCCGAGAAUAUUUUGUAGCUGUAAUGGAUCUUGCACCAACAUUUUAAACUAAAAAAUAAUGACCCACUGUUAUAACGACACCUAUAGAUAACAUAAGUAUGCAUAAAGAUUUCAUUGGUAACUAAAUUACGAAACAAGGUAUUUAACAGUAAUCGUUUGUUACACUUAGUUGUAGUAUUUCAUUCAAAAAAGUCCGUAAGUUCAUAAGUUAAUAUUUUUAUUGAUAAUUUUAUUAUCUAAUGAUUAUUACAAGAAAUCAAAUAAUUAUUGUAACAGCGUUUGACAGUUGUUUUCGUUAUGCAGUAAGACAUCUUACAUACGUUCAAAAUAUGUAUUGCUUUAUUUCCAAACAUUUCUGAUUCUUUUGCUACUAAAAUCAAUAAACUCCCAUACGCCAGCGGAUAAGCUGACCAACUAGAUAUAGCACACACACCAUCCAAAUCCGCCUAUAAAACUUUAUUUGGACCAAGCCUAUCACGGGCCAAAUCAGCAGGCUUGAUCUGUCAGAUUAGAUUCGUCUUAAAAACGAUCGAAGGAUAAAAUAGGGGGAGGGGGUUAUAACGCUCUUUCUUUCUAAGUAAAAAUGCCGGCAGUUUAUAUUCCGAUAAAUGUGUAUAUCUAUAAGUGAUGGGAAUACCGGUUCCACAGCAGUCGCGUUACAAUAGCGACCGUUCCAGAGAAAUACCGCGAUUGUGUAACGUGUAACCGAGGCUCCGGCUUCCAAAGUGUUGCUGUUCCCACCUAUGCGGUAUUUCUGGUGACUGUACUACCCAUAUCCCUGCCAUUAUCUCUGUGUACGUGCAAAUUCAUAAAGAAUAACAAUUCAUAAACCCCAAAUUUCUAAGCAAUAAACAACAUGCAGCUAGCCAUCUGCAUGUUUUGUGUUAGACGCGUUUUGAUUGCGUUGGUUAGUCUUUGGGGUAAGUUUUUUUUUGUUUAAAUUGCACGCGAAAUACUCGACCCAUCGUUAAAUUCCUCUCAUCAGGUAAUGAAAGGUGCAAUAUCGGCCCUAGCGGUUCUUAAUAUACGAAUCUAGCGGGUAUCCUUCUUCCAUCGACCUUCCAGAGUUGGCAACCCUGCUCGUGCGCUCCAGCAGUCGCGCGACUUUUUGCACUGGAGCGAAACACGUCGCGGUAUAGGUCGUUACCAGUUACAUCUCUUCGCGUCAGACAAAACAAUUGACUCUAGAAGCGCGACGGCUUGAACGAAACACGUCGCGAUCGAGGUCGCGCGUCGAUACGUAGUUCAAUUACUACUGUUCGCGACCAUGGUAGCGCGACGGCUGGAGCGAAACACGUCGCUAUGCGGUUACUGCGGUUUGAGCUAACUACAAGAGCGAUUUUAAAUAAUUUAUUUGCAAAUUAUCCUUAAUUUAUAGUUUCGUUGUUAUUAUGAUCGUCGUUCUUCAGUAACAGGUUCCUGAUUCGUUGUUGAGCGCGACACGACAUUACAACAAAAUACCGCUCCAAAAUCGCGUUACUCAAAUACCGACACAUCACUAAUAUCUAUAUAAAAAAGGUAUAAAACGCCGAGCUUCCUGGUCCGCUGGUGUAUGGGGUGCUAGUGAGAUAAUACAUUCCCCGACUCCUCAGAUAUACAGGGUCCGGCAAUAGUGCGUCGGGCAUCUGUAGCUCCUAGAAUAAAAAAAAUGAGA